GAUUCCUGCUGGCACCUGGAGAUCGCCGAGGAACACUGAUGGGGGAGAGGUCUGAGUGUAAACAAUACAGAUCUCUCCCCUUUAAGCACCGGCCUGCUGAUUUGUAUUUCUCUGCAUAGAAAAGCAAUACAAAGCAGCAUACUUACAUAGUAAAACACACACAGACAACAUAGUAAAACCAGCACACAGUUAACCCUUUGAUCGCCCCUCAUGUUAACCCCUUCCUUCCCAGUGCCUUUAGUACAGUGUCAAUGCUUUUUUUUUAGCACUGAUCACUGUAUUGGUGUCACUGGUGAUGUCAGUGACACCAAGUCAGUUCCCCCCAGUGUCAGAAUGUUCAUAGCAGUCCCACAGUCCUGCUAUAAGCUGCUG